CGGCCUUACCUCCGUUUCCAAGGACGCGCGCCUCUAACUUCCGGCCGCGAGAGGCGUGCCCAGGACCCUUACUUGGGAAUCCACCUCCGCGCGGCCGCACCAGACCCGGACUCGGAGCCGCGGGCGCCCGGAGAUGAGCGGCAAUGACUCCUCCCUUAUGGCUGGGAUCAUUUACUAUAGCCAGGAACAGUACUUCCGCCAUGUGCAGCAGGCUGCGGCCUUGGGCCUGGAAAAAUUCAGCAAUGACCCUGUCCUACAGUUCUUUAAAACCUAUGGGAUCCUCAGGGAAGAACACAUCCAGGAUGCCAUCAGCAACCUGGAGAGCAUCCGGAAUCAUCCAGACGUGUCCUUGUGUUCCAUCAUGGCCCUCAUUUACGCUCACAAGUGCUGUGAAACCAUUGACCAGGAAGCCAUUCAGGAGCUCGAGAGCAGCCUGAAGGAAGUCCGCAAGAUAGCCAGCGCGACGGCCCUGUACUAUGCCGGCCUCUUCCUCUGGCUCAUGGGCCGCCACAACAAGGCCCGGGAGUACAUCGACCGCACCCUGAAGAUCUCCAGCAGCUCCAGAGAGGGCUAUGUGCUCCGAGGCUGGGUGGACCUCACCUCAGACAAGCCCCACACCGUGAAGAAAUCCAUCAAGUACCUGGAACAAGGAGUGCAGGACAGCAAAGAUGUGCUGGGGCUGAUGGGAAAGGCAACCUACUUCAUGUUGCAGCAGAACUACUCGGGGGCGCUGGAGGUGGUGAACCAGAUCACCGUUGCCUCAGGGAACUUCCUGCCUGCCCUGGUCCUAAAGAUGCGGCUGUUCUUGGCUCGGCAGGACUGGGAGCAGACGGUCGAAACAGGACACAGGAUCCUAGAAAAAGAUGAUUGUAAUAUCGAUGCCUACCAAAUCCUAGCUGUACAUGAGCUUGCAAGAGAAGGAAACAUGACCACAGCUGCCAGUCAUGUUAGAAAUCUGAUUAAGGCACUGGAGACAAGAGAGCCCCAAAAUCCAAGCCUCCAUCUUAAAAAAAUUCUUGUGGUUAGCAGGCUGUGUGGGAAACACCAGGUGAUUCUACGGCUUGUGUGUGGCUUCAUCGAGCGCACAUUCAUGGCCACACCGUCCUAUGCCCAUGUGGCCACACAGCUGGGCUAUCUCUUCAUCCUGCAGGAUCAAGUGAGGGAGGCGUCUCUGUGGUACUCGGAGGCCAUGAAAUUGGACGAGAGCAGUGUGGCUGCCUUAACAGGGGUCAUCUGGUGCCAGAUCCUGGACGGCCACCUGGAGGAGGCAGAGCACCAGCUGGAAUUCCUGAAGGAGGUGCAGCAGUCCCUUGGGAAGUCUCAGGUCGAGCUCUCUGGGGGCAUGGGUUGCUCCACGAUUGGGUCCCCCACUCUCCUCCCACCCAGUUUCCACUAUCCAGCAGCCCACAUGGCCUGGACUCUUGUGUCACCCUCGCCUGCCCACUGCCCAGCUGGCGUUGGUGCUGAGACCUGGACCUGCCUCCCACAGGUGCUAGUUUUCCUCCAGGCCCUUCUGGCAUCCCGGAAGCACAAGGGGGAGCAGGAAGCCACUGCCCUCCUGAAGGAGGCUACGGAGCUACACUUCUCCAGCAUGCAGGGCCUCCCCCUGGGCUCCGAGUACUUUGAAAAACUGGACCCCCUCUUCCUGGUCUGCCUCGCCAAGGAGUACUUGUUCUUCUGCCCCAAGCAGCCGCGGUCGCCAGGCCAGAUCGUGUCUCCACUCCUUAAACAAGUCGCCGUGAUCCUGAAUCCUGUAGUCAAAGCAGCACCAGCUCUGAUCGACCCACUGUAUGUGAUGGCUCAGGUCAAGUACCUCUCAGGAGAGUUAGAGAAUGCCCAAAGCACCCUGCAGCGCUGCCUGGAGCUGGACCCCACCUCCGUGGAUGCCCACCUCCUCAUGUCCCACAUCUACCUGGCGCAGGGCAAUUUUGCCAUGUGUUCCCACUGCUUGGAGCUGGGCGUCAGCCACAACUUCCAGGUCCGAGACCACCCCCUCUACCACUACAUCAAGGCGAGAGCCCUCAACAAGUCUGGGGACUAUCCAGAAGCCAUAAAGACACUGAAAAUGAUCGUAAAAUUACCAACUCGGAAGGUGGAAGAAGGCAAGAAGUUCCGUGGGCCCUCUGUACAGCCCAGCGAGCGGGUAUCCAUCUUACUGGAACUGGCAGAUGCCCUCCGGAUGAAUGGGGAGCUGCAUGAGGCCACCAAGGUCAUGCAGGAUGCCAUCAAUGAGUUCAGUGGCACACCAGAAGAGAUCCGCAUCACCAUUGCCAAUGUGGACUUGGCCCUGAGCAAGGGGAACGUGGACAUGGCACUGAGCAUGCUGAGGAACAUCACGCCCAAGCAGCCCUGCUACACGGAAGCCAAGGAGAAGAUGGCCAACAUCUACCUGCAGACCCGCAAAGACACCCGCCUCUACAUCGGCUGCUACCGGGAGCUCUGUGAACACCUGCCUGGUCCCCAUACCAGCCUGCUACUGGGUGAUGCUUUCAUGAACAUUCAGGAGCCCGAGAAGGCCCUGGAGGUGUAUGACGAGGCCUAUAGAAAGAACCCACACGAUGCCUCCCUGGUCAGCAGGAUCGGGCAAGCCUAUGUGAAGACCCACCAGUACACCAAGCUUGAGCCCUCUGCCAGCUGGGAGGACCUUUUCAUCUCAGGCUUCUGUAUUCUGGAGGGACGCACAGGUGUGGUGGCCGGCCGCCGAGGGGAACGCGGUGUGAGGCACUCAAGGGCAGAACCAGACCCAGUGCCAAUAGUUCCUGUUUGCCCUAAGGCAAUUAAUUAUUACGAGGCCGCCCAGAAGAUCAGCGGACAGGACUUUCUGUGCUGUGAUCUGGCUGAACUUCUCCUGAAGUUAAAGAAAUUCAACAAGGCAGAGAAAGUUCUGAAACAAGCAUUGGAACAUGACUCUGUCAGAGAUGUCCCAUCCAUGAUGAACGAUGUCAAGUGCUUGCUUUUGCUGGCAAAGGUUUAUAAGAGUCAUAAAAAAGAAGAUGUGAUGGGAACUUUGGACAAGGCCAUGGAUCUCCAGUCUCGGAUACUGAAGCGCAUUCCACUGGAGCAACCAGAAAUUAUCCCCUCGCAGAAGCAACUGGCAGCCUCCAUCUGUGUCCAGUUUGGGGAGCACUACCUGGCAGAGAAGGAGUUUGCCAAGGCGGUGCGGUCUUACAAGGAUGCCCUCUUCUACUUGCCCGUUGACAAUAAGGUGGUGCUGGAGCUGGCGAGGCUCUAUCUGCUGCAGGGGCAGCUGGACUUGUGCGAACAGCACUGUGCCAGCCUCCUGCAGUCCGAGCAGAACCACGAGACCGCCUCAGUGAUGAUGGCUGACCUGAUGUUCAGAAAACAGAAAUACGAAGCUGCUGUCAAUCUCUACCACCAAGUCCUGGAGAAAGCACCAGACAAUUUUUUGGUAUUGAAUAAACUAAUUGAUCUGCUACGGAGAAGUGGGAGACUUGAAGAUGCCCCUGCCUUCUUUGAAUUGACCAAGAGGAUGUCCAGCCGUGUUCCUUUGGAGCCAGGGUUCAACUACUGCAGAGGCAUCUACUGCUGGCACAUAGGGCAACCCAACGAAGCACUGAAGUUCCUAAACAAAGCACGCAAGGACAGCACUUGGGGCCAGAGUGCCACCUACUACAUGGUGCAGAUCUGUCUGAACCCAGACAACGAGAUCGUGGGCGGACAGGUUUUUGAGAACCUGGUGGCUGACAGCAAGAAAGACUCCGAGCAGCACGGUGUGCGCACCGCGGAGAAGCUGCUGCGUGAGUUCUACCCGCCCUCGGCCUGGGGCCAGACCCAGCUGCGGCUGCUGCAGAGCCUCUGCCUGCUGGCCACCAGGGAGAAGGCCAACGUGGAGGCGGCGCUGGGCACCUUCAUCGAGAUGGCGCAGGCCGAGAAGGACAGCGUGCCCGCAUUGCUGGCCAUGGCGCAGGCCUACGCGCUGCUGAAGCAGGUCCCCAAGGCGCGCACGCAGCUAAAGCGUCUGGCCAAGGCCCCGUGGGCUCUGGGCGAGGCCGAGGACCUGGAGAAGAGCUGGCUCCUGCUGGCUGACCUUUACUGUCAGGGCGGCAAGUUCGACCUGGCCUGGGAGCUGCUGCGGCGCUGCAUACAAUACAACCAGUCCUGCUGCAAGGCCUAUGAGUACAUGGGCUUCAUCAUGGAGAAGGAGCAGUCCUAUAAAGACGCAGCCACCAACUACGAGCUGGCCUGGAAGUACAGUCAUCGUGCCAACCCUGCCAUUGGCUUCAAACUCGCUUUCAACUACUUGAAAGACAAGAGAUUUGUGGAGGCCAUUGAAGUCUGCCACAAUGUCCUCAGAGAGCAUCCUAACUACCCCCAAAUCAGAGAAGAAAUUUUGGAAAAGGCCCAAGGGUCGCUGAGGCCCUAGCUGUGGUUCCAGCACCUCUCUUCUUGUUUUUCCAUGAUGGCAAUAAUGGGCCAGUCUGGCCUCAGAGGAAGGAACUCUGAACUGGGAGUCAGGACUGUGAGCUUCCCAAGACCUUUUGCUCUUUGGACCUUAGCGUCCCCCUCAGUGGCAGGAAAUUAGAUUAGAUGUGCAUGUUCCCAAACCGUGAUACAAACCCGUCAAUGGUAUACAGCAAAAAUUUUACAGUUUAAUAACUAUGCGUUUAAAUAUCAUUGUUACAUAAUAGAGAAAAAUAGCAUGAUGAACUCAUGAAUUCAUGAGUGCUGUUAUUCAGAAUGGUUCUAACUUUUAAGCACAUCGGUAUAAAUGAUGUAAAGCAAAAUACUUAGCAUGAGUAGAAUGCAGCUACGGCAAAAUUUUCAAGAGAAGUUGUCCGGUGACGACAGUUUGGGAACUGAACAGGUAGGGGUCGCUUUUAGGACAGACAGAAUUGUCCUUGGUAGUGUCUGGGCCUUGUUUUUAUAACAUCCUGCUGAUCACAUGCACGGCCUCUUGAUCCAAGUCAAUGAUCUGGAAUGCUUUCCCCAGGUUACUACCAUCCUUCCUAUGGGAAACCAGUCCCCUUUAUUAGCAUCUGCUUUACAAUCUGGUUUCUUGGGGCGGGUCUUUGGGACAGGUUUGACUGUAUGGAGAAUGAUGCUGUAAAGGAUUGUACAUUAAUCACAUUUUUAUUGCUGUAAACCUCAA